UACUCAAUAUUCAAUAUGUCUGCUGGUAUCUGACAACACAUUUGUUAUUAAAUAAAUAAAUAUAUUAUUUUAUAAACAAUUAAUAGCAAAUAAUAUUUUAUAAGUUAAUUUUAAGAUAAUGUUACGCUAGACCUUAAUCAUCAUGUAUAUUAAACAAGUGAUUAUUCAAGGGUUUAAAUCAUAUCGUGAGCAAACGGUCGUUGAACCAUUUGAUCCUCGUCACAAUGUAGUUGUUGGAAGAAAUGGAUCAGGAAAAAGUAAUUUUUUCUACGCGAUCCAAUUUGUUUUGAGUGAUGAGUUUUCUCACUUACGACCGGACCAACGUCAGGGUCUACUGCACGAAGGAACUGGUCCGAGAGUUAUAUCAGCUCAUGUUGAAAUAAUAUUUGACAAUACUGAUGGCAGGUUACCAAUUGACAAAGAGGAAGUUUAUUUGAGAAGAGUAAUUGGCUCGAAGAAAGACCAAUAUUUUUUAAAUAAAAAAAAUGUCACGAGGAGUGACGUGAUGAACUUGUUGGAGUCCGCGGGUUUCUCGAGAUCUAAUCCUUAUUAUAUUGUCAAGCAGGGUAAGAUAAAUCAGAUGGCCACGGCGCCGGAUUCCCAGAGAUUGAAGCUGCUGAGAGAAGUUGCGGGUACGCGGGUUUAUGACGACAGGCGGGAGGAGUCAAAAGCUAUUUUGAAAGAGACUGAGGGCAAGUUGGAAAAAAUUGAGGAUUUUUUGAGGACCAUUGAAGAAAGAUUACAGACACUGAAGGAAGAGAAAGAAGAGUUGAAGGAGUACCAGCGGUGGGACAAGCAGCGCAGGUGCUUGGAGUAUACGAUCCAUGAACGCGAGCUGAAAGAAAACAAACGUAAGCUAGAUGAUUUGGAAGCGUCGCGUGCUAAUAGUGGUGCUGAGCAAGCUAGACUUGUCUCUGAGCUUAAAAAUGCCCAGGAAAAAGUACGCACGUCGACGAAACAACUCAAGGAGGCGAAGAAAGAAGUACAGUCUGCUAAAGAGGAACGGGAUACUCUGAGUGCUGAGCAGCAGCAGUUACUAAAAGAAAAAACUAAAUUAACGUUGACGAUAAAUGAUCUUCUGGAAGAGGUAAAAGGUGACAAUGACAGUAAAAAGCGCGCGCAGCAAGAGCUGGAGAAGCUGAAGGCCACGAUUGCUUUACGGGAACAAGAUCUUGAGAAAAUAAAGCCCGAGUAUGAGGAAAUGAAGCGACGGGAAGAAGAGUACACGCGUAUGUUAGCACUGAAGGAACAGAAAAGGAAAGAAUUGUACGCUAAGCAAGGACGUGGUAGCCAAUUCACCAACAAGGAUGACCGUGACAAGUGGAUCCAGAACGAGCUGAAACAACUGACCAAGCAGAUCAAAGACAAGGAAGAGCAUCAGAGAAAAAUUAGCGAGGAUUUGAAAAAAGACGCAGAGAAGCAGAAAGACUUGGAGAAAAAAAUUGAGGAGUACACGAAAGAAAUGGAGAAGCAGAGGGUGUCGAUUGAUGAUCACAAUAAACAAUUUUACGAGCUGACUAAAUUAAAAGACCAGUGCCAAGCUAUGCGCAAAGAAAUGUAUCGCAAGGAAAGUGUUCUUCAGCUGAAUUUGUCCGGUUUGAAAGAAGAUUUGGCCAAAGCUGACCAGAGCUUGAGAUCAAUGGCUGGUAAGCCCAUUUUGAAUGGACGAGACAGUGUCCGCAAAGUUCUGGAAACUUUUCGCCAGCGUCCUGAUAUGACAGACGAAGUGUCCAGUUACUACGGUCCAGUGAUCGAGAAUUUUGAUUGCGACAAAGAAGUUUACAUGGCUGUCGAAGUGACUGCUGGUAAUCGUCUGUUCCAUCACAUCGUGAAGACUGACAAGUUCGGCACAAAAAUUCUCAAGGAAAUGAACAACCAGCGUCUGCCUGGAGAAGUUACUUUCAUGCCGCUUAAUCGUCUUCAUGUUAAGACACAGAAUUAUCCGCAGACAAGCGACGCCAUUGCUAUGAUAUCUAAAUUACGUUAUGACCCAAAGUAUGAUCUUGCGAUGAGAUAUAUUUUUGGCAAGACACUCAUCUGUCGUAAUUUAGAGGUUGCUACCAACUUAGCACGAGAGUCUGGACUUGAUUGCGUGACUCUUGAGGGCGACCAAGUGUCUUCGAAGGGUUCCCUUACUGGCGGGUACUUCAAUACCCUGAGGUCGCGGUUGGAGAUACAGAAAAUGAGGUCAGAGUUGAUGGCGCAAAUAAAUAAAAUGGAAGAAGAAUUGGCGACGUUGAGAGAAGACAUCCGUAAGGCGGACACAAAUAUCAGUACGUAUGUUACGGAAAUGCAGCGAACGGAAACUAAAAAUAGCAAAGCUAAAGAUAUUUAUGAUAAGAUGAAGGCCGAGAUUCGUUUGAUGAAAGAAGAAUUGAGCGCUAUCGAGAGAUACAGGACUCCAAAGGAACGUAGUUUGAACCAGUGUACUUCUAAUUUGGAGGCGAUGCGCGCCACCAAGGAAGGACUCGAGAGCGAGUUGCAUCAAGAUCUUAUGGCCCAGUUGUCUGUUGCUGACCAGCAUCAAGUUGACACUUUGAAUGACGAAAUCAGAACGCUGACGAAGGAAAACAAAGAGACUUUUGCCAAACGUAUGAGGCUGGAAGCGGAGAAAAAUAAGCUAGAGAAUUUAUUGACAAAUAAUUUACACCGUCGUAAAGACGAAUUGGUUCAAGCGCUGCAGGAAAUAUCCGUCGAGGAUCGUCAGCGACAGCUAGAGUCUUCGAAAGCUCAACUCGCAGAGAUCGAAAAACGGCUGGUUAAAGUUAAUAGCGACUUCAAGAUACAAAAUGACAAGGUCGCAGUUGCGUCCAAGAAGCAGAAAGCCGAGGCUGCGAAAGUAGAAGAGUGGAAAGCUAAAGAAAAAGAAAUUCAGGAGAAAAUUGAAUCGGAUUCCAAGGACCUGGAAAAAUUGACGAUAAAGAAAAAUAUGUUCGAACAAAAAAUAGCUGAUUGUACGCAAAAAAUAACAGAAUUGGGCGCACUGCCGAGUCACGACGCCUACGAGAAGCUGCAGAACAUGUCGACGAAGCAGCUGUUCAAAGAAAUGGAAAAAGCCAACAACCAGUUGAAAAAGUACAGCCACGUCAAUAAAAAAGCUCUGGACCAGUUCAUGUCCUUCAGUGAUCAGAAAGAGAAGCUGGUCAAGCGCAAAGAGGAGCUGGACCGAGGUGACGAAAAAAUAAAAGAGCUGAUGAACGUCCUCGAGCAGCGUAAAUGCGAAGCCAUUCAGUUUACUUUCAAACAAGUGAGCAAGUAUUUUAGUGAAGUAUUCAAAAAAUUAGUGCCUUCUGGUCAUGCCCAGCUUGUGAUGAGGACCGCGGAUGGCGAAGAGGGAACCGAAGACGUCGCAUCCGCAGCCGCUGACUCCGACAGGUUCAUCGGAGUUGGUAUCAGAGUAUCUUUCACGGGUUUGAAAGCUGAAAUGCGUGAGAUGAAUCAAUUGUCCGGUGGACAGAAGUCUCUGGUAGCCUUGGCGCUGAUCUUCGCCAUCCAGAAGUGCGAUCCCGCGCCCUUUUAUCUCUUUGAUGAAAUAGAUCAAGCUCUUGAUGCUCAGCACAGAAAAGCUGUCGCUGACAUGAUUCAUGAAUUGAGUUCCGAUGCACAAUUUAUUACAACUACUUUCAGACCUGAGUUACUUCAACACGCGAACAAAUUUUACGGAGUUAAAUUUCGUAACAAAGUAUCGCACGUUGAAUGUGUAACAAGAGAAGAAGCUGCUGAUUUCGUGGAAGACGACACGACUCACGGAUAAAUAUAUUAUUAUU